UCAUUGUUACCUAAAGUGUAUAAACACAGCCUCAAUGCUUUAAACGUUUAAACACUGAUAAUGACAUUUAAAAACUAAAAACUUAAAGUAUAUAUUAGUGUGAAGUUAUUCGUGAUGAUUAAAAUAUUACAAGAGAAACAAAAGUGUAUUGUAAGGUAAUUGGUUUUAAACACCACUAUCGCGUGUUUGCUACUUAACCUAUUAAUUCUGAUCCACUUCAUAGACUGAUAAUGUGUGUUAAUGGUGAAAUUUGAAGGAUAUUACUGAAUACCCAACUCAAGUAACAAGUAACUGGAGAUGUAUUCAUCUCAAGUGGUAUUUAAGUUUAGAAAAUUAAAGAGUUCAUUUUCAGUCAUUCACAGUUGCAGGUGGAAAAGCACUCAAAAAAAUGACGAUUACCAGUUCAUUCAGCGUAGUAAAGUACCUACUAUGCAUUUUCAAAAAUCUUUGCCCCGUCUUCCUAUACCAAAGCUCGAAGACACUUGUAAACGCUACUUGGCCGCUCAAAUGCCUUUGCUGAAGGAGAAUGAGUUUAAACAAACAAAGCAGUACGUCACAAGAUUUUGCGAAGUGGAAGGCAAGUCUCUUCAGGAGCAGCUUAAAGACUGGGAUGCUAAGAACAAACACACAAGCUACAUAUGCGAGUCGUGGUUCGACAUGUACUUGAGGGACAGAGCACCUCUUCCCAUCAACUACAACCCAGCCAUAAUUUUUGUUAACGAAUCUCGACCCGAGUACAACACACAACUAAUCCGCGCAACAAACAUGCUCAUAUCAUCAUUGAGAUUCAUGAAAUCACUACAAGCUGGAAUCCUGAAGCCAGAAGUUUUUCAUUUAAACCCUAAAAAGAGUGACACUCCUCUAUUUUACACAGUGACCCGCAUGCUACCGCCUUCUGUUUCUUGGUACGGCGCUUAUCUUUUCAAUGCAUAUCCUCUGGACAUGUCACAGUACACAGGUUUGUUUAAUGCCACAAGAAUCCCAGAGAUUGGGAAGGAUAGAAUAUUCAGGUCCAGUACUGGGUCACAUAUUCUUGUUAUGAAGAAAGGUAAUUUAUACACUGUCAGUGUUCUUGACAAGAACGGUAAUAUUUUGCCACCAAGUGAUUUAUUAGCAAGUAUGAAAUAUAUCAUUGAUGAUACGUCACCAGCUGCAGAAUAUCCUAUUGGUAUCCUUACAACUGAGCAGAGAGACACUUGGGCUCAAGUCAGAAAACAUUUAGCUGACACUGGUAACUCUGAAAACUUGUCCAUGAUCGACUCCAGCAUAUUUUGCCUCAUUCUUGAUGAUUUAACAAUCGGAGAAAACAUCCACCUAAUGCUCCAAAAUUUCUUGCACGGCGACGGUACAAACAGAUGGUUUGAUAAAACUUUCUCUCUGUGUGUCGCCGGUGAUGGGACGUCUGCCGUUAAUUUCGAGCACUCCUGGGGUGAUGGGGUUGCAGUCUUGCGAUACAUCCAAGACAUUCACAAAGACAGCACCGCCAAUCCUCGGGUUCACACCGGUACGCAGACCUCAGGAGGUGACCCGGCAAACCUCGUCAGACGGCUGCAGUUCAGCCUGGACGAAACGAGCAAGCGGGCUAUCCUGGACGCGAGGAAGAAGUACAGGGCAACUUGCGACAGCCUGCGCAUCGACUUCGUCAAGUACGAGGAAUACGACAGAAGGAUCUGCAAGCAGAACCAGGUGAGCCCGGACUCCAUCAUGCAGCUGGGGUUCCAGGCUGCCUUCCACCGGCUGCACGGGAAGUACGUGUCUACCUACGAGUCUUGCAGCACAGCGGCGUUCAGGCACGGCCGCACAGAGACCAUCCGGCCGUGCACCUCGGCGACCACCGAGUUCUGCGACGCCCUCAACAGCGCUGACAAGCCCAGCAACGCCACGCUCAAGGCCAUGCUCAAGAAGUGCUCGCAGGUGCACGCUACCCUCACCAAGGAGGCGGCGAUGGGGCAAGGCUUCGACCGCCACCUGUUCGCUCUGCGGAUCCUCGCAGAGAGGAACGGGGGGCAGCUCCCGGCGCUGUACACGGACCCCGCCUUCAAAGCAAUCAACUACAACGUGCUCUCGACGUCGACGCUCUCAUCCAAGGCGGUGAUGGCGGGGAAUUUUGGCCCGGUUGUGAAGGAUGGGUUCGGCGUGGCCUACACAAUACUGGAUGACAUGCUAGGUGCUGUCGCCACUUCCUACCUGCCUCACCAAGACUCGCGUGCCUUUAUCGACAGUCUCAAGGUGUCUUUUCAGCAGAUAUUUGAUAUUUUGAAUGCUAAGGUAUGAUGCUGAGUAUGUACAAAAACUACAUGAAUCAGAUUAAAUCUGUCAUCUUUUUUGCUAUAAUCAGCGGCAUACAACAAACUAUAAUUUAUAAUAUAUUUUCUAUGUUAUGGGCAUAAUAUGUUACCUAUAAAAUAAAUUUGUUACUUCAUUAAAGUUUCACUCAUCCAACAUAAAAUGCGCCGGCAAAACACCAGAUAAGAAAAACAAUUUGGAUAAUAGGGAGGAUAUUUGAUCUACUCUGCCUACAUAACGACGUUGGAUAAUACAAAAUGUUGCAUAAAUGAAUCCAUACUGUA